AUGUUUACAAAACAAAACCUGAAUGAUCCAAAGGUUCAAAAGGAGGCACUUCAGAGCUUGGUCAAGACCAUUCCCAUCGUACCAUUCAAAGGCGUCGCGUUUUAUGACAUUGGUGGUCUAUUGGCAAACCCAAAAAUGUUGCAACUGACCUUUGAUCUGUUUGUACAUGCCGUCACACCGUUAAUGGAUCAAAUCGACGCCAUUGGCUGCUUCGAUGCACGUGGCUUUUUAUUUGCACCAUAUCUUGGUGCAUUCUUCCAGAAACGCGUCUUUAUGCUACGUAAACCGGACAAAAUGCCAAACGUAAGCGACACCAUUGAGUACUUUAAGGAGUACAAGGGCGAUCAUAGCGACGGUGGUGGUGAUCACUUGAGUAUCCAAGCGUAUACUGUUAACAAGGAAGAUCGCGUAAUCCUAGUGGACGACCUGCUAGCAACGGGUGGUACGUGUGAGGCCGGGAUUCGCCUUGUACAGCAAGCAGGAGCCUCGGUCAUAGCCUCUAUUUUUGUAAUAGAGAUUCAAGCGCUGGGUGGUCGAGCACGCGCCAUUAAGGCCAGUACGGAUCAUAAAGCUCAGAUCAUCUCGCUGCUUACGGAGAAGGAUUUCUAG